CUUUUCUAGUGAGGCAGGGCCCAUUUUAGAGUUUGCAUAGAGUCUGGUGUACUACCGUGCCAGCUUGCUUGAUGCUAUCAGCUGAUUGUACCAUUUGCGGUGGUCUACUAAUUAGUAUACAACAUUGUAUUCAAAACACUUCUGACAGUGCUAUGACACUCUGAAGGAAUGCAACACUCCAUGCGAAUUGAGGUUUGUAAGUUUGUUGAGAUCUUUCCUAGUAGCAAAGCAGUACACACAUGCUGGACUACACUAGACAAUUAUAAGUUGCUACAAGUAUUUGGAUUUUAAAAUCCAGCACUGAAACAAGAACACACAAAGCCAUGAACUAGUGACUACGAAGUAGGAGCAGCAGCAAAAUCCGUGUAGCUCAGGGUCGUGCCGCCGCCAUCUUCAAGACCAGUGUCAGUUGUCCUGUCUCCCAGAGGAACGCGUCGGCCAAGAUGUAGCUGCGGACACAGGUAUCGAACACCCAUGAGCCAAUUAAGAAAUAUAAAUGGAUUAACGUAGUAGUUAAGCAUACAAGGAAAACUGAUGGUCGUACCACGCGGGACUAAUCAGCAGUCAUCGUUCCGAAAUGCAAAUUUGCCGCCUUGGAUGUCGAAGGUGACGCCGGUAGACCGUGUCGCCGAGUUCCCCAAUACCUGUACAGCAGUUCCUAAAGCGGAACCCUUCAUGAAAUAUGUGCAUAGUCCAUAGUUGGUAGUGAAAUAAAAUGAGCUCUGGGGUGCCAAUCUCAACGUAGCACCCAUAUCGAAUGAAAGCUCCACCACCGGCAGAGCAGACCAGUUCUUGAAUGGGCGUAACCAGGCGUCGUCAAAGCACAUAUAGCCCGGUCCCAUGGCAGCAGUACGUGUAUAUCCGAGGGGUACCAAAGCCUCGGUGAUUACCGUCUCAAGUUGGCUGAAGGUAGCAGACCGCAACACUGUCCAUCUUGAUCCGGUGUCAACAAUCAUUUCCGAGGGUUCCAUGACCAAUGGGAUCCCGUUGGCCACCACCUUAUCCAGCUGCAGUGCAUACACAGGAUGGUCGCGAGCCAGAAACAAGGGGGUAUAAGAUGUUGAACCCACACGGCUGUAGUCCCCGAUGGACAAGUAUCCUGUCUUCUUUUUGUCGCUGGGAAAGCAGUAGCUGAAAGCCUUGUAGCUUACCAUCCGUGCUACUUGUGCAAAGAAAGAAAAUGGCGCGGCACCAAAACCGAAUAUGCCAGCCUCAUGCUGGUCGUACUUGAUGUCCAGGCUGCAUCCGAAGACGAAACCAGGGAGACUAUAGCCCUUCUCAUACUGCCCAAUGGCGAUUCUGUCUGUCACCAACUUGCCGACGGAAUAAGCUGAUGAUCUUCCGUAAGAGACACUGUAAAGACAACUAUCCUCUUUCUCCAUACAAGCUUUGGAUCCAAUACGGAGGGCCGACUGGACCGUGCGACAAAUUCGUUCCGAGCACCCAACACGCCUUAAACUCUCAGAUUUGUUGGGGUUGAAUUUUGAGCCACUGCCCACUUGGUCGUUGCACUUGAGAGUGCAAGGUUCACACUGAACAAAGCAGAGUGGCGAUCCAGUAUCAAUGGAGACAAGGUUCCAGACCGGUGGAGUACCCAGCUCAAUGGGCAUUAGAAAGGCAAAGUCGUUUAUACUGUCAUUUCGUAUCAAGUCGAUAGGAAGGUCCGUCUCAACUAAGCUUUCAGUUGACAAUGGACGACCAAAAUGUUGUUGGACACAUAGGUGGUCCGCGUGAAACAAGGGGAACUCCAGUGCGCCUUCGUAGUUGACAAUAUGGUCUGUAAUGAAUUAAUGUGCCCAAUAUAAAAAAUGUAAGUGCCUGAUUAUUAAUUUUCCUUUGGCAACACAGUAGAAACAUUUUAGAAGAAAGCAAUAUUUUCUGCUACUAUUACUUUUUAAAAUAUGACACCCCAUGGAUAUUGGAUUUGCGCUACUAGUUGCUCAGUCGGUUUUCACAACUUGCACUUGUGUGUAUGUGUGUGUACGAACCAAACUAUAUGCACACAAAUGUAUAUGAACUACAGUAAGAUCAUGGGUGCAUAAAUGCUAACACCAUUUUCAGAGAGGAAUGUAUAUAUCAAGCCUGAACUAAACUAAAGUACUAUUACAAUAUAUGUUCUUUACGAAACAUAGUGUAUUUUGUCUCGCACAUAGAUAUGUAUAUGCCGUAUAUUUUAUGACAUACCUAGUAAUUCUUUCUAAAAUCAUAUUCCACGUUAUUUUUCUUGCGUAGAUAAAUGAAAGCGUAACUAAUUAGCACGAAAAAGAGGAAGAAGCAAUACCGAAGCUGGAAGAGGGGCAGCCGGUGCAAGAAGACAUCAUUGAUACAAGAAUUAAGAGGAGCAUCACCCUGAGAUACCCGAUGCUGUAUGGCAUAUUUCUUAGAGAGUGCACCAACCUGCACCGAUCAAAUAAUUGUAGUAUUGGUCCUAAGAUGAUCUAGAUAUAGCUUAUUAUUCCUCAAAAGAAGGUAAACAAUUUUAUUCCCUUGAUAGAGUAGUAUACCAUAGAGAUAGAAUAGCUCCUGCACCCAAUGGCAGUCCAGCGUGCACAGUGCCGCCGGCGACUAGGCCAUCAAGAGGAGUAGUAGUACUGUAAACAAGAACGAUAACGAGGCCGGAGGAAUACAUCAAAACGUGUAAGCAAUCAACAAAGGAAAAUUAGUGGAGUAGUAUUUACAAGUAGCCCUACUUUAGAUGUUGAAGGGCUAAAAUUAAAUAGCACGUUGGGUCAUCCAACCAAGUGCAGAUUUUGCAUCGUGCUGGUUCAUCCAACCAAUUGGAGAGAAACUGAAAUGGGACAAAGUUAGUAAAAGCUAGCGCUGGACCAGUCUAAACUUGCAUGCAUAUGCAAGAAGAACUAGUACAUACAGCUUCCAAAAUACCAAAUGCUAGAGUACCAACCCUGACAAGCCAAAAGAUAGUGAUCGAGAUGAGGACGCCGCCGGCUAGUAAGGCCACCGGCCUAACGCCACCACCGGGCAGCGGCAUUGGAGCGUAAAAACGAGUGGAUAUUGGUGCAGAGGAAACCAGACAGAUCAUCUUCUUUGUACAGAGGGGGAGUGUGGGUCUGUAUGUAUUGCAGAUUAGGAGAUCAAGGUUCAAGCAAGAGGUUCGAUCGAGCAGUUGAGGCAUGCGUCCACUGUGUUGCCUCCUCACUUCUCCUCUAUGCUUGGGGAAAAUAUUGUGAUCGUCCUGCACAUCAGGGUCCCAUGUUCCAGCCAGUGUUUCAGAGUCUCUCACGGACAGCACUACGGCAGGCACACAUCUGUACGGGUGCUUUUACAGGAGUUCGAUCUGAUCACUGGUUCUUUCUGCUGGACCUCUGUAGAUCGAGAAGUAUACGUAUUGGUGUUGGACUACGACACUGCCUGCAAGAUCAUCCCUGAUAUAUACAGGCCGCACGCACAAAGCGCUGCCUAGCUAGCAGCACCGAUCAAGAAACUAGUUGGCUCGCAAAAGACUCAUCUUCUCUACCUCCAAUGGCUCUCGCAAAAGACUCAUCUUCUCUACCUCCAAUGGCGGCAACUCGUCUUCUCUACCUGGGCGUUCUACUGUUCCUCACCAUGGCAGCGUCGACAUUGGGGGUGGAGGCGUUUGGCCUCCCGCGAGGCGUGUCGUCUGCCGACUGCGCCUACAAAUUGCAGCAGUACGCAACAAUCCCGCUGUCCAGUCCGGGUGAGGCGGCCAUCCACCUCGGCAACACCAAGUCCUGCAUCGCUGGCUAUGGAGGCCGCUGGGAUCCCUACACCGCGUACCAGUUCUGCAUCCCAUCCUGGGUCGCCUUCACAGACAAUGGCACCCUCGUUGGAGAGGCUGCUCUGCAACACGCGGCCAUCAACCCUGGCACGGCCGUCUCAGGCUUUAAGCGCCUCUUCGGCAUCAGGAUUAACGAUGAGAUGGUCAAGAGAGAGGCAGAUCUAGUGCCGUACAAGUUCACCGAGCAGAUUGGGAGAUGCGGCAUCCAGGUGGAGACCGAGCAAGGCCAGGUGAUGAAUUUCCUUCCCGAGCGUGUGGCGGGCAUCCUCAUCGCCGAGCUGAAGAAGAUGGCAGAGGCACACCUUGGCCACAAGAUCGGGUACGCAGUUGUCACCGCCCCCGCGCACUUCGGCGAUGCUCUAAGGAGUAGUUCUAUCAGGAACGAAGCUGCGCGUUUGCAUGGUGGAUUCAGUGCUGUCAACGUCGUCGACGAGCAGGUCGCGGCAGCCGCGGCAUACCGCCUUCACGAGAAGAGGGGCGACGGCAAGGUCGUACUUGUUGUCCAUCUCGGUGGCCGCACGACCCAUGCCACCAAGUUCAAGUUCAAGGAUGGUUCCGGUCGUCUCCUCCAAGAACGCCAUGAUAUCUACCUAGGAGGUGACGACUUCACUAACAGGGUUGUGGACUACUUCGUGGAGCUCAUCAAGGAGAAGCAUCACCGGGACAUCAGAGGGGACGAGGGUGCUCUACGGAAGCUGAGGGCAGAUUGCGAGAUGGCCAAGAAGGCACUGAGCAACCGAGAAGGUGUCCUUGUGAACGUCGAGUCGGUUCUUGACCAAGGCUCAAGUUUAUACGAAGAGUUCACGCGGUCCAAGUUCGAGGAGCUCAAUGGUGACCUCAUGGCGAGAGUCAUUGAGAUGGUGGAGAUGGUGGUGCUGGGAGGUGCCCCUGCUUCCCAAUUGCGCAGCCACCAGGAUGCCAUUGAUGAGAUCAUUCUCGUCGGUGGAAGUGUGAGGAUCCCCAUGGUUACGCAGGUCAUUGAGGAUUACUUCCAUGGCAGGGGGCUAAUCAGGGAUGAGGAGGCGGUGAUACGAGGCGCCGCUCUUUUGUCCCGCCCCGAGUCUGCUAGAUAUGUGGAGGAAUGCUACAAUGGAGGAGUGUCAGGGCCUCUUUGGUUGGCGAGUUAGGAAUUAGGGACAUCAAAAAUAGGAUCGGAAAGCAAUUUUUUUAAUUUUUUUGUGUUGGUGUACAUGAAGGGAA